CCAGUGGCGCUCGUCAUUGGCUGAAGCCGCUGUAGGCCAGGAACAGGGCGGUCCAAACGGGCAAAGAGGGUUGGGUGGUCACGUAACGAAGCGUGGCUGGGUGCAUCUACUAACUCAGGGUAAGGGAACCGAGGCAUUCCUCAGACUACUGUCACCGCGCCGGUACGAGCCGUACUCUGCAGAUACCCGGGGCUGCGCCGUAAAUCACCAUAGCGGUUCUGAUUGGACAUUCGUCUCCACAUUUACAUAAAUCAGAACACAAUCAUGGCUCCCAAGAGAUCAAGCAGAUCGGGACCAAAAAGAGAAACCAAACACGGAGGCAAGAAUGGCAAGAAAGACGGCCUCUCCGGCAGCUCUUUCUUCACCUGGUUCAUGGUGAUUGCCCUCCUGGGCGUAUGGACGUCUGUGGCUGUGGUGUGGUUCGACCUCGUGGAUUAUGAAGAGGUUCUUGCUAAAGCAAAGGAUUUCCGUUAUAACUUGUCAGAGGUACUUCAAGGAAAGCUUGGAGUUUAUGAUGCGGACGGCGAUGGAGACUUUGAUGUGGAAGACGCUAAGAUUUUGCUAGGACUGAAAGAAAGAUCAAUCUUAGAAGAACCUUCAGAAGACUCUGAAGAGAACGGCCAUCUAGAAGAGCCAGUCCAUUCAGAUGUUAUCAGCGAUCAGGACCUGGCAGAUGCCAUGAAUGUGAUUCAUGAGCAAUUAAAGAAUACGCAAUAUGAUAUAGAUGACCAGGACCUUGCAGAUGCAGUGGAAGAAAUUUUUCGUCACUCCCAUCAUGAUAAUGUAAAGGACUUAGACCUAGAAGACGCACUAGAGGCUGAUGUUCAUGAAUCAUUGCACUCUGUACAUGAGGAACGCAGUGAGCCUGUAGAUGAAGAACCACAAUCAGAAGAUGAAGUUAUUUCAGAUAAUGGGGAAACAGAAGAUGUCACUGUGGAUGUCGAAGAACCAAUAGUGGAAACAAGAGUAGAAGAAUCAGCAACUGAAUUAGAAGAACCAGUAGAAGAAUUAGAGCCGGAAGAGGUUGAACCCGUAGAAGAGCAACAUACAGAAUCUGUAACCGAACCAGAGGAGGAUGAGGUAGACUCAGGACCAGAAUCUUUAGGCAUACAUGAUGCCGAAGAGGUCUUGGAAACAGAGGAAGCGCCAGAGCAAGAAACUUUGGAAGUCACAGAAACUGGAGAAGCCGAUGUAGAAGAAACCGUUUUUGAAGAUGAGCCAGACAUAGCAGCUUCUGAAAACACAGCGUCUGAGUAUGAAGAACCUGAAGCCCCUGUUAUAGAUGACUCUGAAGAGGAAGAUCUUAAUUUGAAUGAGAAUGUGCCCGAAUCAGAGGAGCCGGUCAAUGAAGAUGAAAACAAAGACUUUUUAGAUGAUGAAAAUACACAAGGAGCUGUUGAGGACGAAUAUACACCUGACGAUGCAGAAGAGGAACCCCAGGCCGAUGAGCUUGCAGAUACUCCAGAACCUGAAGAGGAGAUUGAAGAGCCUACACCAGAAACACCAGAUACAGAAGCAAUCGAAGAAACAGAGCUCAGUGACCUGGAAGAAACUCUCUAUGAUUCUGCUCCUGAAACAGAAGAAGAAGAAGUUCCUGUUGCACAAGAAGAUUUAGAAAGAGACGAAGCUCCAUCUGAGGAAGAACUGUACAGGACAGAAGAAAUUUUGCAUGCAGCAGAAGAGCAACAAGAAGAUGAGAGGUUGCAGGAAGAGCAAAUCGCAGAGGAGUCAAAUGAAGCAACCGAAGCGCAAGCUGAAGAUGUCAGAACAGAUGAUGUCAGAGAAGAUAACACAUUGGCGUCAGAGAAACAAGUAGAAGAACCAGCAGAUGCUUAAGAAGUUCAUAACGACUGCCCCUACAUCAGGAGAACCAGCCCCAGUCAAAUUCUUCACAAGGGGAGCUGAUGUUUUCAUAGAAGUAAAUUGCAAAGCAGUUCCCGGCAUUGUGGGAGAGAACACUAAUGUUGCAAAUGGAAAUCCUUUAGGGAACAAUGUUUUAGAGGUUUCUAUUUUUUUUGUUCGUUUUUUUUUUUUUUUUAUAUUGUGUUUUUAGUCUAGUAAAUGCAGGUGUUUUUUUUUUCCUUCUCUCAUUUCAGUUUAGACGAGUUCUGUGUGUCUAUGUUCAUUUGCACAUACCAGGCUGUUGUUAAUAAUAUAUUUAUAAAGUUAGAUGUUAUACCUUGUUUUUUGAGUACAUAACAUCGGUUUCUUUUCUGAUAGGUCUCUUCCUUUUUUAUUAUAUAACAUUAACAACAAAAAAUCCAAAA